CGAACGGAAGUAAGCUCCGGACUGCGCGCGUGCGUCGCGAACCAUGGCCGCCGCUCAGAAUCCUUUGGAGUUCCAUGCUAAGAGGCCCUGGGGCCCGGCCGAGGCGGUAGAAGAUCCGGACGACGACGAUGAGGAUGAUAACGAUGAAGCUGAGAGGGGGUUCUCCCUGGAGGAGGUGUUACGGCUCGGAGGCACCAAGCAAGAUUACCUCAUGCUGGCUACUCUGGAUGAGAAUGAGGAAGUGGUGGAUGGAGGCAAAAAAAGAGCAAUUGAUGAUCUUCAACAGGGUGAACUGGAAGCAUUUAUUCAAAAUCUUAAUUUGUCCAAGUAUGCAAAAACUUUCUUAAUAGAAGAAGAUGGCGAACCAGCUAAAAAAGAAAAUGCCAGCAAAAAAGAAGCAAAAGUAUCUAAAAUAGAAAAUAAAAAGCAAAACACAGCAGAAAGUAAAAGGACAUCAAUCAGUGAGAUCAAAAAUAAGAAGAGAGCAGAACAGCUUCCUGAUGAGAACAGCAGCACCAUACCAAAAGUAAAGAAAGAUAAGCAACAGGACAUCUUUGAAUUUUCAGAGAGACAGACGUUGUUACUCAAACCUGGGGGCAAAUGGUAUGAUCUGGAGUAUAGCAAUGAACACUCCUUAGAACCCCAGCCUCGGGAUGUUGUGUCUAAGUACAAAACCUUGGCUCAGAAGUUGUAUGAGCAUGAAAUCAACUUAUUCAAAAGUAAGACAAAUAAUCAAAAAGGAGGCUCUUCCACCUGGAUGAAGGCAAUAGUGUCAUCAGGGACCCUAGGUGACAGGAUGGCUGCCAUGAUUCUUCUUAUUCAGGAUGAUGCUGUUCAUACACUCCAGUUUGUAGACACUCUGUUGAACCUCGUUAAAAAGAAGGGCAGCAAACAGCAGUGCCUCAUGGCUUUGGAUACUUUCAAAGAGUUACUCAUUACAGACCUUUUGCCAGAUAGUCGAAAGCUACGGAUUUUCAGCCAGCAUCCUUUCAACAGACUGGAAGAGUUGUCUAGUGGCAACAAGGACUCAAGAGAUAGAAGGCUGAUAUUAUGGUAUUUUGAACACCAGCUGAAACACUUAGUGGCUGAAUUUGUGCACGUCUUGGAAACUUUAAGUCAUGAUUCAUUAGUAACCACUAAAACCAGAGCUCUGAUAGUGGCUCAUGAGCUUCUUUGUAACAAACCUGAGGAAGAAAAAGCUCUGCUUGUGCAGGUGGUAAAUAAACUGGGAGAUCCUCAGAACAGAAUAGCCACAAAAGCCUCCCAUCUCUUAGAAACGUUGCUUUCUAAACAUCCCAAUAUGAAAGGAGUUGUGUGCAGUGAAGUAGAAAGGCUACUGUUCCGCUCAAAUAUCAGCCCCAAAGCUCAGUAUUACGCAAUUUGCUUUUUAAAUCAAAUGAUUCUCUCCCAUGAAGAGAGUGAAUUGGCUAACAAAUUAAUAACUCUUUAUUUUUGUUUUUUUCGGACUUGUAUCAAGAAAAAAGAUAUCGAGUCAAAAAUGCUCAGUGCACUUUUAACAGGAGUAAAUAGGGCAUAUCCUUAUUCCCAGACUGGUGAUGACAAAGUGAGGGAGCAGCUUGACACACUGUUUAAAGUGUUGCAUAUGGUAAAUUUCAACACCAGCGUGCAGGCUUUGAUGUUGUUGUUCCAAGUGAUGAAUUCUCAACAGACAAUAUCAGAUCGAUACUAUGCAGCAUUAUACAGGAAGAUGUUGGAUCCAGGAUUGUUGUCAUGUUCCAAGCAAGCCAUGUUUCUUAACCUUGUCUACAAGUCUCUGAAAGCUGACAUUGUGUUGCGCCGGGUGAAGGCUUUUCUGAAGAGGUUACUUCAAGUUACUUGUGAACAGAUGCCACCGUUCAUAUGUGGAGCUUUAUAUCUUGUUUCUGAGAUCCUUAAAGCAAAACCAGCUUUAAGAAGUCAACUAGAUGACCAUCCGGAGUCUGAUGAUGAAGAAAAUUUUGUUGAUAUAGGAGAUGAUGAAGACAUAGAAGAAUUCACUGAUGCAGAUAAAGAAACAGACAAAGUCAAAAAAGCUGAGACAGAGGAAACUAUGUUUGAGAGGGACAUGGAAACUAAGGCACCAGAGCCUGCUUCCUGGGUACACUUCAAUAAUUUGAAAGGUGGCAAACAAUUAAAUACAUAUGAUCCAUUCAGUAGAAACCCAUUGUUCUGUGGAGCUGAACAUACAAGUCUUUGGGAACUCAAAAAGCUAUCUGAGCAUUUUCAUCCCUCUGUGGCCCUUUUUGCAAAGACUAUCCUUCAGGGAAGUUAUAUUCAGUAUUCAGGGGACCCACUGCAGGAUUUCACACUAAUGAGAUUCUUGGAUCGAUUUGUGUACCGAAAUCCAAAGCCACAUAAAGGCAAAGAAAACACAGACAGUGUUGUGAUGCAGCCAAAAAGGAAACAUUUUAUAAAAGAUAUUCGUAGUCUUGCUGUGAACAGUAAGGAGUUCCUUGCAAAAGACGAAAGUCAAAUACCAGUAGAUGAAGUGUUUUUCCACAGGUAUUAUAAAAAAGUUGCUAUUGCUAAAGAGAAACAAAAACGGCAUGCAGAUGAAGAAAGUAUAGAAGAUGUGGAUGACGAUGAAUUUGAAAAGAUGAUUGACACAUUUGAAGAUGAUAAUUGUUUCAGCUCCGGAAAGGAUGACCUUGACUUUGCUGGCAACGUGAAAAAGAAAACAAAAGGAGCUAAGGAUAACCCAGAAGAUGAAGAUUCAGAAGGCAGUGAUGAUGACUUCAGUAACCUGGAUGACGACGAAGUUUCUUUAGGAAGUAUGAAUGAAGAGUUUGCUGAAACUGAUGAAGAUGGAGGAACAUUCAUGGAUGUAUUAGAUGAUGAAAGUGAAGGUAUUCCAGAACUUGAUGAUGAGGACUGUUCCAAAGUCAAUACCAAGAGACACAAGAGAAAAGGUGUAGAUGAUUUUGACUUUGCUGGGUCAUUUCAAGGACCGAGGCAAAAAAAGAAAAGAAAUCUCAAUGAUUCCAGCCUGUUUGUAUCUGCUGAAGAGUUUGGCCACCUAUUAGAUGAAAAUAUGGGAUCCAAAUUUGAUAACAUUGGCAUGAAUGCCAUGGCUAACAAAGAUAAUGCAAGUUUCAAACAGCUUAAAUGGGAGGCUGAACGUGAUGACUGGCUACACAACAGAGAUGUGAAAAGUAUAAUCAAGAAAAAGAAAAAUUUCAGAAAGAAAAGGCUGCGAACUACUCAAAAAACUAAAAAGCAAAGAAAAUGUUUUUAAUUAUAAAUUAAAAUUUUACUUACCCCUAAUUUUUGCUGUUUUGCCAUUUUUCUUGAUCUUGCAGUCUGACUCCAAACACUCCAGAUUGUUCAAUGGAUUUGUAAUAAACUAUAAAUAAAAACAGGUGCCAUUUAUCUCAAAGUCUAUGAUCUUAACCAACAGGAGAACUCAGAAUCCAGCCCAUUAGGUAACUGUCUACAGAUGGGCACUUUCUUCACCACAUGGUCUCAGAAGCUAAAAUGAUGCUGAAGAGUUCUGUUGGAGAUUGAUUGACAUACCCCAAAAUAAAAAACAAUACUCUUUCUAGCCCUUAAUCAGCUGAAGAUCUUAAAGAAAUAACUACUUAAUUUAUAACCAAAAGAAAAUCCACUGCCAUCAAGUCGACUCCGACUCGCUGUGUUCAUUUAUAGGUUACCUGAAAAAGUUGUUUUGUCUCUUUUUAGUUAAGGAAAAACAUACCUUCCAAGAUGAAAGGAAAUCUCUUGCUCAUUGUUUGUCUGAAAUCUGACAGGAAAAAAAAACCUUAAAAUUAGACAUGAUCAGAAAUUCAUAUUAACAGAGACACAAUUUAAUGCUAGCUUCGGUGUCUACACCCUGGGAAUAAUACAGAUUUCAAAUUUGUUUUAAGGUCCUUCUGAUAAUCUAGGAGCUAUAUCCUUUCCAGUAGGAUCCAAGCUGCACUUGCCUGAUACAUAGCCUUAUAUUUCAGCGUUUUAAGUUUUUGGCCUGUAUACAUGAUGUAAUUUUAUGAACUGUUUUUAUGGAAGCCAUUUACCUUGUUAGGGAAUUUGAAGUAAGACUGCACCGUACAGUUUUUGAAGUUGAUCCUAAGCUUUAAUUGGCUUUUAAAUGCUGUUUGGAUGCUUUCUUUUAUAACCUUAUAGACUUUGUGAAUACCCAACAGUGUCCCAUUUCAUAGUGUUCCAGUUAAAUACCUUUAGGAAAAGGCUCUCGCCAAUUUCACUCCAUGGACAGUUCCAAUCACAGAGAGAACUUGACUGGAGGUCCCUUCUCUAAGCUUUGAAGAUGGCUACCACCCUAGGACUACUCUUUUUCCUACUUUCUGGAAAGAAAAUGCAGUACUUCCUAACUUACCAAUUUGGGCUCUAAUACAAAAUUUUUCUCCACAAAACAUUAAAAUCUUCAGUGAUGGCCAGUGGUGUGGGAUGGGUUUAUAGUGCUCACAUGAGAGGAAAAACUGCUAGCCUGAGAAAACAGCUUGCUUAGACAACACAGCUAUGGCACCUCUUGCUUUCUCAAUCAAUGAAGUGCAAUGGGCAGGUUGAGUUUCUUCCAUCUGUGCUCCCAAACUAAGCUAGACCAAGGGUAUCCAGCCCCACUAGCGAUAUCCACGAAGGUGUGAAACAAUUCCCCUAGUCUACAAACCUGAAUUAAUUUUUCUUUUUAAUGGAAAGUAAGAGUUAGCUAGUGUAAUAACUGACUCCUACCCUUGUGCCCAUAAAUGUCUACUACAUCGAAUCUGAAAAAACUUCUGCAAAAAUGCCACUUAAAAUGCACUGGCAAACUGGACGCCCCUCUAGAGAACAUGAAAUUAUGAAAUGAUUACCUUGGCUUGUGUUCAUUUUCUGAAACAAAAAAUAGGCUCCAAAAACACCCACAAGUUCAGCUGCUAAAACUCCUUUAAAGAUUUUCUUUGCCAGUGGUUCCAUAGUACGGGCCAUCCUAAA